AUGAGUUCCCCACCUAAAAUAACACACAAGACCACACCUGAACUCUUAAAAAUCGAGAUGCCAGACGUCUGUCUCCAAGCUCUCUCUCUUUCUCUCAUUUAGAGAUCGCCAAGCCUGAUGGCCCUUGUGGGAUUUGACCCUUUCUCUCAUGGUUAUUUUUUUUUAAUUUAUUUCUAGGAACGUUGAAUAGUUGUUGUAAAACUGGGGGAAAAAAAUGACUGCUAGCUUUGAUAUCUGGAUUCGUUGGACCACUUUCUUGUUCAUCUGAUGCCUAGACUGUUGAUGGAUUUGGUGGGUUUUUAAUGUUUUCUUUGAUGCUCUUGAGGGCUUCUUGCUUGAUUUGCGUGUCAUGGUAUUGUGCUAAGGAAACAAUAGAAAUUUCAAUUUUUUUUUUUUUUAUCAAUUGGGUUAUUGGUGAUUGAUUCUUGGUUUUCUAAUCUGGUUCUAUUAGAAUUGAAGUUGUGCUGAUACUUUGAAGGUUCGUAAGUGUGUCAAGUUUUGAGCUCUAUAACAAUAAGAAGCCUCACAAUCUUUCGGGGCUCAUCACUCAGGGUCACGAGUUAUGAUUGAGUGUUGUUUUGAGAAUUCGUGAUCUAGUUGGAAUACAAAAAUAUCAUAAGAUGAAUGCCGUGGAGAGACUAGGAAGGUAUAUCACUCGAGGGGUGUACACAGUCUCUGGACCAUUUCACCCUUUUGGUGGCGCUGUGGAUAUAAUUGUAGUGGAACAGCCAGAUGGGAGCUUCAAGUCAUCUCCUUGGUAUGUCCGGUUUGGUAAAUUUCAAGGGGUUUUAAAGGCGCGAGAAAAAGUAGUGAAUGUUAGUGUGAAUGAAGUUGAAGCAGAUUUUCACAUGUAUCUUGAUAGGAGAGGGGAAGCUUUUUUUCUCAGAGAGGUGGAAGGGGACGGAGAGGAAUCUGUUUUAUAUCCUCUGUCCUCCAGUGAUGAGACGGAUGAGCAAUCUCAAAAAAAUAGGAGGCCAGCGAAGACAAAAAGUUGCAAUUAUGAUGCCUAUCAGUUGAAUUCAGGCGACCAGCUUGAUGGAACCAAUGGGAGUAUUGUGGCUAGGACUAAUUCCCGCCGUUCAAGGAUAUUAGGGCUUGUUUUUGGACGUGGCUCAUUCAAGGAGGAUAGUUGCCGAGAGGGAGAUGAUGGUGCUGGCAAGGCAAGGACUUCACUGGAGCGUGCUGAGAUUGCAGCUGAUCUGUUGGAGGUGAGGUGGUCUACUAAUCUUGACCCCACUAAGCCUAGGAAAGAUAAUGAUUCAAGGUUUUCUGCUUCAGAUGCAUUGGAGGGUAAUGGAGAUAAUAUGCCCGCUAUUGACGACAAAAGCCAGAAGGAGUCAUCUUUGCACGAUGCCAUUGAAACCAAUGCUGACCGCUGUAUGUUGGCUGAGGAAACUGUUUCCUGCAAUGUAGAGAUGGGAAACGACUUGCAAUCUGGCUUCAUGAGCCUCGAGUGUUCUGCUGAGGAAGCUAGUGUAGAAAUGUUAACUUUAGGUAGCAUGGAUCAAGUUGCUGAAACUUCCACAAUGGCUGAAAGUGUUUUGGGUGAAAAGUGUGGGGUAGUAUCUGGAUUAUCAAGAGAUAUUGAUGAACUUAGUUCCCAAAAUGCUGAUCCUGAUGUUAAAGCUAAGGGUGUCAUCUCUGUGGUCUCUGCUCCCGAGUCAAAAAUUUCAGGCGUCCCUGAAGCGUGUCCAGGCGAGAAUUUUGGUGACAAACAGCCUUGUGACGAAAAAGAUGCUUCUUUACCAGAUCAUGCCACUUCCGAGGAGGAGAGUGAAUCCAGAGCUCAAUCCUUCAUUUAUUGUGAGACAUCAGAGAGCUCAAUAAUGAGGCUGAACUGUUAUACUGAACAAACUCAUGAAACACUGUACCUUGCUAGUGGAGGACCCAGGGAAGCACACUUUUCUGCCAAAACUUUGCAUUUGACAGCUGAGCCACUAGCUGAGGACACGCUCAAUCAGCAAGCUGAGGACAUUGAGUUGAAGACAGAACACAUUGAUGCUAGCAGGAGUUUUUCUAAUCAAACAAAUCCAUCUUCUUGCAUGCAUAUCCAUGAUGAGGUGAACCUUGAAGUUCCAAUGAUAGUGUCAAAAUCUGAUGCUCAAAUGGUUGGUGCUGACCCUGUGCUUGGUCCGGCUGAAGAAUUAGAGUCAAUGAGCACUGGUACCAUUUUGAGUUUUAGCAACACAGGCCAAAAAACACAAGAUGUGAAAAAUAACGGCAAGGAAAUUAUCAGGAAUGAGCCCCAAUCUGCAGUGGAUUCAUUUGGGGGUUCAGAACACUUUUAUGGUAGUUGUGGUCAAACAAAAACAGCUAUUAUUCCUGCCCUAGAGAGUUCAGAGGAAGAGCAGUUCAUUUUCAGUGACCUUGAUGAACUCAAACCAAGCAGGACUCAGUGUGAGUCGAAUUUUCUUGGUGAAAAAGAUGAAGAAAAUGAUCCUUCAUUCUGUUUGGAAAGAAAUGAAGAAAUGGAUGGGUCUUUUGAUACAAGUGAUGUAUCUUGUUCAUCCCCGGACCAGUUUGUUCAAGAGAGUAAACUGGCUGAUCUUGAAACCUCGAGAGAAAAUUCAAAGAUAACAUCAAGUCCCAUUGGCAUUCCCAAAGUUCAUAGUGUUACUGAUGCUGAAGUCUCUAGGCUGGUUGAAUCGUUACCCAACAUGAGGUCUCGUUUUGACAACAUGGAUGCAAAUGAUCUCCAUUUUCCCUUAAGCCACUCGCUAGACUCCAUUUCCAAAUCCUUGGAGGAGACAUUAUGUAGAACAAAUGAGUCAGAGUGUGUAAAGUUAGAUACAGAAAAUGAAAUCCAAUCAGCGAAGGAGCAUUCUAAUAUUGAAGGUAUUGACAAUUCAGAAGAUCUUGAAAAUUCUGUUUCCAGCUCUACUUUUGGGGAUUCAUCAAAAGUGAUUGUUGCUUCUGGCGGAAGCUGGAGAAUUUGGCCUUUCUCUUUCAAAAGAUCAAGGUCUAGGAAGAUUUCACAGCAAGCUCUAAAUGAUACCAGAAGUUCUGUCUCUGAGAACAUGUCAGAUUGCAACCUUCACACAGAUAAAGAUUAUGGUGUAAUUAAUCCUAAGGUCACCAAAAAAAUGGUAAGGGCGAAUACUCCAACAUCUGAACAACUGGCAUCCUUGAAUCUGAAGGAAGGGAGGAAUGUGGUGACCUUCACGUUUUCCACUGCAAUGCUGGGGAAGCAGCAGGUUGAUGCGAGAAUUUAUCUGUGGAAAUGGAACACUCACAUAGUGAUCUCCGAUGUUGAUGGGACGAUUACAAGAUCGGAUGUUCUAGGUCAGUUCAUGCCUAUGGUUGGGGUAGACUGGUCACAAAUGGGCGUUGCACAUUUGUUUUGUGCUAUUAAGGAAAACGGCUAUCAAUUACUUUUUCUAAGUGCACGUGCAAUUUCUCAAGCCUAUCAUACUAGACAAUUUCUAGUCAACCUCAAGCAGGAUGGGAAGGCUUUACCAGAUGGUCCUAUUGUUAUAUCUCCCGAUGGAGUUUUUCCUUCUCUAUUUCGCGAAGUCAUUAGAAGGGCUCCUCAUGAAUUCAAGAUCGCAUGUUUGGAGGAUAUCAGGGCUUUGUUUCCUUCCGAUCGCAAUCCUUUCUAUGCUGGUUUUGGAAAUAGAGACACUGAUGAGAUAAGCUACCUCAAGGUUGGAAUCCCGAAGGGAAAAAUCUUCAUCAUUAAUCCGAAGGGUGAAGUUGCUGUGAACCGCCGUGUUGACACAAAAUCAUAUACUUCACUUCAUGCUCUUGUGCAUGGCAUGUUUCCACCCAUGACAUCGUUUGAGCAGGAGGAUUUUAAUUCAUGGAAUUACUGGAGAUUGCCUCCUCCAGUUAUUGACAUAUGAUGGCGUCAGUUGGAGAUACUUUACCCGUCUUCUGACUAUUGAUAUGGUUCUUGGCCAUGUUUAUUAUGGAGUGUUCAGGUGGCCAAGACCGAUCCCAAAGGCGGUUCCCUGUAAUGCUUUUGUGCUGGGCUCGCCUAAUUAGUGUUGACCUGAAAGGGAUUUAUGGAGGAUCUACAGAGUUGAAAUGGGUGCUGUUAUGCCUAUUAUCCUGUUUCAACUAGGGUAAAUGUAGAAUUUUGUAUAGUAGUAUUAAUGUAAUCCAAUCAACGUACAUGUUUACUGGAAUCCCAUGGGGAGGGUAGGCAAUGACUGGAAACUUAAAUGUAAAAUCUUCAAUUUUUCAAUGGAUAGCAUCAUUCAUCAUCA